AUGAAUUUUUCGAUAUAUUUUCUGAUUUUUCUCAAUUUUUUGGCUGUUUCAAGUUCAAAUUCCACCUCAAAUCCUCUUGAAGCCGCGAAAAAACUGCUGAAAUCAAUCGAGAAUUCGAUCAAGCUCAAAGAUCGGAAUGGAUUAAUAUCGAUUUUUUCGACGACUUCGAGAAUUGAUGAAUGUUGUCCAAUUAUGUUCAAUCAAACAAAAAUUGUGGAUAAAUUACUGGAAAAAUCUUUCAAUGAAAAAGAUCACAAAAUCUAUCAUUCAAGAUUCCUGGAGAAGGAAAUUAUUCUAUUUUUUAUGGUGAAUUCAACUAAUCGAAAUUCGGGAGAAAUUGUGAGUCGAGGAGUGUUGGCUUAUAAGAAAAAUACGAAUUUGGGAUAUGGAAUAAGUUAUAGUUAUCGAUUUGGAUGUGAGAGGAAAUGGAAUAGUCUUUUUGAAUGUUUGAAUUGA